UUGGAAUGUUGACAUGUCCAAUAACUGAAAUAUUUAUGUGCUCUAAAAUAAAAGUUAAAAGUGACAGAAGAGCAUGAAUCAGGAGUUGGAUGAUCAUUUUAUCUUAAAAUUUCCAUAAGCUGAUAAAACAAAAAUGGCAUCCAAGCUGUUACCUACUGAUCAACAAAAUUUUGUCCGUCUAGGGAUAGCCGUAGUAGACAAAAUUAAAUUACCAAUGAAAGAUAUCCUUAUACUUUCUAUCAAGCCUAUUAACUUGUACAAUGCCAUCAGCUCUUGCACUGUUUUGUUAACCGGGAAAUACAAACUGAAUGAUGAACAGCGGAAACUGUGCUUUCUUUUGCCUCCAGAUAUUCCUGACUAUGGUAAAUUUGAUGUUUCCUUGUUAUAUAAACUCAUACAAAAUCUUUGUCCGCACUUAGUUCCAACACAGGGAUGGGGAAAACAACCAAAGGCCACUGAUAUAAAGAUCGCUGAUGAUAUUGAACGUCUCAGGCAGUUCAGGAACGGUAUGCUUGGACAUUUGGAAUCUUCAUCUAUCCCUGAUGCUCUGUUUGAAGCACGUUGGGCUGAGAUAGAAGAUGUCAUGAAGCGAAUGGAUUCAUUUUUAAGGAAACAAGGGUUCAAUCCAGUUAAUUACGAGAAAGAACUGGCAGAUGUUAGAAAAUGUAACUUUGGUUUUGAAGAUAUGGAAAAGUUCAAACUCAUGCUAGAGGCAACACUAAGGAUUAUGAAAGAAAAAGAAGAAUUUCCAACGAUUACUUUACGAGGGAAUACAACAAUCAUGUGUGGAGAAACGGCAUACCUUGAAGCUGACAUAGAACAGACAUCAACGUCAACACAGAACUGGCCUAUCACGUGGCACAAGGUUAGAGGGAACAAUUUAGAACAGAUUGAUACCAGUACAGGGAAAUAUACAGACAGCACCAAUAGACAACUUGUCAUACAGAGGACAUCAAAGGAGGACCAGGGUGACUACCAGACCAUUAUAUCUGGGUCUUCUAAUGGGCAGCACAUCAAAAUACCAAGCAACGUGCUGACAUUGAAAGUCUCCGGAGAGAGGCCAGUUCUUAAGAAAUUAGAAGUUACCUCGGGAAAGGACGGUAUAACUCUUCAUUACAAGUAUGAAGUAUCACAAGACUCUCCAAAAGUACAUCAUAUUGCUUGGACCAAAAACGGCCAGGUAAUAACUAAAGAGCAGGAAAAGUAUCUUGGAGGGGAUCUUAUAAAUUCUUCACUUACUAUAACUUCCCCAUCCCUACAAGACAGUGGAGAGUACACCUGUAUUAUAGCCAAUGCAGUUGGUGCUGUUGCAGAGUCAAUAAUUUUAGGUGUACCAAAGGUCAGUAUUUUAGCAGAGUCCGUUUGUUACGGGGAGAACACUGAUAUAAACUCUGUUGUAUCGUCUUGUCCACCGGCGGAAAGAGCGGUGUGGGAAAAAAGUAUUGAUGCUGUCAUCUUUGAAACUAUUUAUGUUAGAGACCGAAAAUAUGCAAAUAGUAUAUUAGAUCCAAGUAAUCCUGUACUUAGAUUGACAUCACUAACGUUUGAUGACAAACUUUAUUACCGACUUCGUGUAUGGAACAGCAUUGGAGAAUGUGUCAGUAACACUAUUCUUCUGAACGUUACAGGAGAUCCCCCAAACAUUUCAAACGGCCAUGAAACCAACAUCAAAAGCCGUAUUGUGAUAUUGACGUGCCAGGUUUUUCUUUAUAAACAAUCUCCUCUUUUGAGUGAAAUUGUAUGGAAGAAAAACGGAAGUGUAAUCGACAUAUUCGGAAGUGGAGGAAAGUAUACCGGAGGAACACUUGAUGAACCAUCAUUAACCAUUACAAACGUGGACCAAUCAGAUGCUGGGACCUAUCAGUGUAAAGCCUCUAAUGCAGUGGGAUCAACGAUUGGGAAUAAGAUUAUUCUUGGAGUUCCUGAACUUGAAAUACAAGGACCAAAUUUACAAGAAAUUGACAAAAAAGUUUUUACAGCCUUGAUAAAAUCAGUUCCGGAACCAAUUCAAGCUCAGUGGAGCAUAAAAAAUGAAAGCAGCGGUAGUUAUAAAGCAUUAGACAUCACAAGUGAAGAAUACAAAGGGUCAUCAAAUAAUCUUCCUAAACCACUGCUAUGUAUUAAACAGAACGUGACGUUACAAAAUCAUCUUAUACAUAUUGAGGUUCAAAACUUUAUUGGAACCACUACAAGGGAGAUUCCAGACGAAAGGUGCUCAUGCUCAAAUGAAGAAGUGCCAAAUACCAAAGCUACCAGUAAACUUACAGCAAUCUUCAGUAAGAAGGGAUCUUCAAUCAGAUUCAAUAACCUUAAGCUGGAUCUCAUCAGAGAAAUAUCGGAGAGAGAUUUAAAGCCACUGAUAUCAACCUUAACAGCGCUGACCUCCAUGGAAUUAUUGUCUUUAGAUAAUUUACCUACAAUUGAGGACUUGUUCAUAUUUCUCCUAAAAGAGGAAAUUUUCCAAGAAAGAAAUGUAAUUAUGAUGCAGUACUUGAUGAGAAGCAUUAAACGCCCUGAUCUUGAACUUAAAUGUGUGGAAUACGCCAUAAAGAACAAACAAGCACUGUGCUACUUUGAAGAAAACAAAAUACCAG